AUGGGCUGGGACUGCUGCAGUGGCUGCGGCUGGAGCUUCUUCCUCCUCUUGCGGGCGGCGGAGUCGUCGCCGUCGCCGUCGCCGGCGGCGGCAGCGAGGGAGGAAGGGGACUGGGUGGGAACCUUGAGAGUGCCCCCCACAGAGACGGCGAUAGCGGGCACUGUGCCCGUGCCGGUGGCGGCGAUGAUGGCGGGCUCCGCGUGCUCCAGGAGCCACCGGAUGGUCUCCCCGUCGGACUUGUGGCCGAGCUCGCGGGUCAGCUGGAAGAUCCUGGCGGCGCAGGUCGCCGGCAUACGAAUCCUCCGCCCCCUCCCCUCCACCUUCGUGUGCCGGUCCUUUGUCCUCGCCGCCGCUGCCGCCACCACACCGGAAGCCGCCCUCCGCACCACCACCGCCGUCGCCAUGGCCUCCGUCUCCCGCUCUUCCAUCUGCGGGGGCUCCGCCUUGGGAAAUAUCAUAUGCUGCACAGCGGCCGCGCCGCCGCCGCCGGCCCCCAUGCGGAGGUCUGUUCCUCGGUCCUCUUCCUCCUCGAGGCCCUUCUUUUGA